CCCUACUACGGCAUCUUAUCGACUAACACAUUCCGUAAUGUGACAUUACUGUUCUAGGCAACCCUCCAGCACAGUAUAAAACUCCAAAGUAGCACACAACACCAAGGAUCCUAUUUUGCAAGGCGGAUUUUUAGCUGGACUUCACAUGUAAGUUAGCAGGCUUCUAUUGUAGGAAGUGGGGCGAGCCCGCGCCUUUUCAGAGAUGAGUAUUAUAGCUAAUCCUCCGAUAUCGACUAUCUGAUCACCCUUCUUCAUAUACCUCACCUACGUUGACCUUGGCUCCCCCGAAGAGAGCUCUCCAGGAUUUGACGACUUGCCACAGAAACCGUUUCCGACAUGUCUCAAGCCGGACCCGCCAACGACCCGGCGGCCUCCGUAGCGGCCUCCCGGUCGGACGGCAAGAAGCAUCUCCUGAUCGCCUGUAGCGGCUCGGUUGCGACCAUCAAAUUACAAAACAUCAUCCUGGCCCUCGCCCGCCAUGACAUCUCGAUCCGUGUCAUCCUCACGGCCUCCGCGUCCGAGUUCCUCAACGGCUCGACGCCCGAACAGCCCUCGCUCGCCGCCGUCCGCGCGCUGCCCAACGUCGAGGCGCUUCACCUCGACGCCGACGAGUGGGUGCAGCCGUGGCGGCGCGGCGCGUCGAUCCUGCACAUCGAGCUGCGGCGGUGGGCGGAUCUGAUGCUCAUCGCACCACUCUCGGCGAACACGCUCGCCAAGAUCGUCAACGGCUUCUCAGACAACCUCCUGACCAGCGUCGUCCGCGCGUGGGACCCCGAGGGACUCAUCGACGGACAGAAGAAGAAGAUCCUAGUGGCCACGGCCAUGAAUUCGGCCAUGCACGUGCACCCCAUCACCGCGAAGCAGGUCAGAGUCCUCGAGGAGGAGUGGCCGUGGUUCGAGGUGCUGAAGCCGGUGGAAAAGACGCUCGCAUGUGGCGACACGGGCAACGGAGCGAUGAUGCCUUGGGAGGACAUUGUCAAGCUCGCGGAAGGGAGGCUGGGACUCGAGGCUGGCGUUCGGUGAUGGACUCGAUAGACGGGUUGUUGCCGCUGUCGUUGUUGCUAGGGUAAAGGCUAUGCGUGUGCUGAGAGCGUCAAUUCCUGAUCAGCAGAUACGAACGUAUCACGGAAAUAACUACCAGGCAAAAAUAAGUUGCGGCCGAUGGCAGAGGUAUCGCCUUUCAUGGAUGAUGGGCACCUAGGUAGGUAGUGUACAAUUCUAGCCAGGCUCGGUACCUGGCGAGCGACGCAAAAAACGCGCGUGCGCGCGCGCUCGCUCUAAUCAUUGCUAAACACCUUACCCCAUUAUGCAUAAUCCCCAAGACCCCAAUUCCCUAGUCCAUGGUUUCCUUGAUGCAAAUGCUAACCUUCCGGUUCCAUGAUAAUGCUAUGCCAAAAUUCCGAGAAACACAUCGCCUGUAAUUACAAAACACUCCAUCCCCCCACCCCAAUCCGUUC